AUGAAAAGAGCGAUAUUGGCUGUGCGAGGAAAAGAGAUGGGACUGCUCCGAGCAUCAAAUCAUUUUGGAGUCCCAAAGUCGACUUUAAAAGAUAAAGUCAAUAGCAAAGUCAAAGUCAUAGACAAAUUAGUUGGAUGUAAGCUUGGCCGCAAGCCCAUCUUGGGCGACAAAUUAGAAAAUAUUUUGAUUUCUUAUUGUCUGGAAAUGGAGAAGCGUUUUAUGGCCUAA